AUGACUGAACGCCCAUCGGGACUGGGCAGAACUCCAACUGCGCCUCCUAUAAUGGCUAAUGGUCAUUUCGCCACGAUCGGUAACAAUGCGGACGCCGCCGAUGCUUACGAGCAUGGCGUGCAGGUCAUCGAUGGAGAUAAGGAGUUCAACCCGAACCUAGCCAAGUACCUAUCCCUCGAAAAUGUCACCCCGGCCGGCUUCAAUUACCACCUCGUCUCCGUGUUUGGUUCGCAGUCCACCGGCAAGUCCACCCUGCUGAACAACCUCUUCGGCACCCAGUUCUCGGUUAUGUCUGAGCUGGAGCGCAGACAGACUACCAAGGGUAUCUGGCUGUCGAAGAAUAAGAAGCAAGAGGAAAGCGCCGCUGCCGAUGGGUCGCGCAUGGCAGACAAUAUUUUGGUGAUGGAUGUCGAGGGAACCGAUGGUCGCGAACGAGGGGAGGACCAGGACUUUGAGCGCAAGAGUGCUCUUUUUGCGCUUGCGACAAGUGAGGUCCUCAUUGUCAACAUCUGGGAGCACCAGGUGGGGCUGUACCAGGGAGCCAACAUGGGUCUCCUGAAGACCGUCUUCGAGGUGAACCUGCAACUCUUCCUCAAGGACAGGAGUACUACGCACCGAUCCCUCCUUUUCUUUGUUAUUCGCGACUUCAUCGGCACCACCCCGCUCAAGAACCUCCAGAAAACAUUAUUAGAAGACCUGUCCCGUCUCUGGGAUACGAUCUCAAAACCAGCUGGCUUGGAGAAGUCCACGAUCCACGACUACUUCGAUUUCCAGUUCUACGGACUUCCGCACAAGGGUUACCAGCCAGAUCAAUUUGUGGCGGAGAUCAAGAAGCUUGGCCUGCGGUUCCGUGAGGGCUUCCGAGACCCUAAACGAGAUGCGCUUAGAGGCGAGUUCUCAGAGGAAGGUGUCUUUUUGCCUGAAUACCACCGGCGCAUCCCGGCUGAUGGGUUCUCGCAUUACGCUGAGGGCAUCUGGGACCAGAUUGUCAACAACAAAGACUUGGAUCUUCCCACACAACAAGAACUGCUCGCCCAGUUCCGUUGUGAUGAAAUCUUGCGCGAAGUGAUGUUUGGAUUCGAUGAGGCUAUCACUGCGUUUGAGGACAAGCAGGCUGAGGCUAUUCGUUUGGGAGCUCCAGAAGUGCUCGGUGGAUUGGGUGCAGCCAUGCGGGCAGCUCGCUCCAAGACCCUCAAGGGCUUUGAGACCGAAGCCAGUCGGUACCACAAGGGUGUUUAUCAGCGCAAAAAGGCUGAGCUUGAGGGCAAGGUCGAUACCCGGUUGAAGGCUCUUUUCCACGGCCAGCUCUCGGCUGCACACAAGUCUGGUAUCCAGGAAUUUAGCGAUACCGUCACCGAAUCUGUCAAGUCUGGCCAGAAGAAGGGCGGCAACUAUGAUUUCGCUGAGAUUGUGAACAAGGAGACCAAGAUUUCGUUAGAGAAGUUCCAGGAGGUGGCUAAAUCUACCGUGGUGGAAGGUACAUCGUGGAGCAAUUACAAGCAAGAGCUGAAGCUGUACGAGAAGGAGCUGUCCGAGGCCAGUGCUCGUCUGCGGCGGGAUGAGAUGAGACGCCUUGCGAGCCGUGUCGAGCGUUGGGUGCAAUCUCGUCUGGGUGAAUCCGUCGGACUUGAAUUUAACAACCUUGGCUCCGGCCGUGCCGGCAGUGGUGCCCCGGAAAAUGGAGAAAAGCCCACCGAGAAGGAGUUUUGGGAUCGGGUGUGGAAUGUGUUUGUUGAAACCGUUCUUGACGCGGAACGCAGAUUCACGGACCGGGCUAGCAGCUUUGAUGCCAGCCUUGAAGAGGUCGAUGUUGGACUGUGGCGCUUGCGUCGUAAAUCAUGGGGUGUUCUGCGUGCUAAGAUUGACGAGGAGAUGACCGAAGGUAACUUGCUGCUGAAGCUGCGUGAAAACUUUGAAGACAAGUUCCGGUAUGACGAUGAGGGCGUACCGCGCAUUUGGCGCCCGACGGAUGACAUUGAGGGCGUCUACACUCGUGCUCGCGAGUCAACCUUGACAUUGAUUCCCCUUCUGUCUCGCUUCCGUCUUGUCGAAACCUCUGCCCCACCGCCACUUGACCGGUGGAUUGGACACACUCCUUCCUCGGCGACCCCUGCGGACGAGGAGGACUUGGCCCCCAUUGGAGGAGUGGAUGAGGAUGAAGGCAAGAGCCUAGAGGAGGAAAUGACAAUUCUCGGCGACGCUAAACGCCAAGAGCUCACUGUGCGCUUCAAGAAGACGGCCGACGGCGUGUACGUCGAGGCCAAGCGAAGUGCCAUCGGUGGCAUGACCCAGGUGCCACUCUACUUCUACGGCCUGCUGAUCGCCUUAGGAUGGAACGAAAUCGUCGCGGUCCUUCGCAACCCGGCCUACUUCUUGCUGCUGGCCGUAUGUGCCGUCGGUGCCUACAUUACUUACCAGCUUAACCUGUGGGGACCUAUUCUGAAGAUGACCGAGGCAGCAUCGCAGCAGGCCCUUGUGGAGGGUAAACGUCGUCUACGCGACUUCCUUGAGUCAUCUGAUACUGGUCGACAGGCUAUGGCGAUGUCAGCUGAGCGCACAGGUUCAAGCCGCAGGGAAGAGUAUGAGAUGUCAGACAUGCAAAAGCCUGGCUCUAAGGCCAGCGAUGACCUGGACGACCUGUAA